AUGGGUGCUCUCGCAGAAUCCUAUAAAGACACCCUUCUCGAACCCCAACACAUCCCCCUUGACUAUGGUUCUGUCCAUACAUUACCCGACUCCCAUGUAUGGCUUGAUGAGUCCGACGAGUCUCCAUCUGGGGUCCACUCCACUGGCCCGCCCGUUAUCGACCUCGCGGAUCCAGAUGCUGCCAGGCUCAUAAUCCAGGCAUGUGAGACAUGGGGUGUGUUUCAACUGAUAGGCCAUGGCAUUCCCACCAAGCUUAUGGAGGAUGUGCAGUCUGAGGCUGAAAAAUUGUUUGAUCUACCAGUUGACCAAAAGAUGAAGGCCUUAAGAUCUCCAGGGGGGAGCCAAUCAGGAUAUGGUCUCCCUCCUAUAUCGCCAUUUUUUGAAAAGCUUAUGUGGCACGAAGGGUAUCAUAUCAUGGGGUCUCCAGUCGAACAUGCUAAGCUGCUUUGGCCCAAUGACUAUCAAGGGUUUUGUCAAUUGAAAGCAUUAACCGAGCAGCUAAUCCGCAUUAUCUUCAAAUCCUUGAACAUUAAUCCUGAAGAAGUGGCUUGGCUUAAGGACACUGAAGGAUUAAGUAUUGGUCUUCAGUUAAACUGUUACCCCCCCCUGCCCUGA